AUGGGCGACUCCGCUCCCAACGCCAACGCCAGCAUCUCGAGUUCACACCUGCGCGUCAACGUUGACGACGCCCCGCCGCCCUACUCCGAGACGGACAUCUACUCCACCGCGUCGCCCGGCGCCCGGUCGCAGCACUCCACCUCCGGCCCCCCAUCGACCGUGCCCGGCCCCGCCGACGACGCCGCCUCCCGCAUCUCGUCGUCGUCCACUGGCGACCCCGUCAUCUUCACUCCGCCCCUCACCCCGCGCACAUCCUCCAAUGCAAACAUACUAGCGAUACCGCCCUCUCCCAGCGCCGCCUACUAUUUCGAUGGCCGGCCUGCUCUGGCCGCCUCGCCGCGGCUCAGUGAGCCACUCGUCCACAGGGUAGUCGUGCAGCCCGGCUCCAAGCCAGAUGAUCUGCCCUACCCGGCCGACUGGGCCAACCGUGACAUCACCGCCCAAGACUGGGCAACAUUUGUCAACUUCCUGAUCCCGCACCACGACACCGAGAGCAACGAAGCCCUCCUCGGCGAGAAGGCCAAGUCCGAGGACAACAGUAACCUCCGCGGGGGAAAGACCCCCACCGAUGGGAGCGUCAAGUCCGGCCGCGCUGCCGAACAGACUGUCGAUCCCAUCGAGGCGAUGCGCCGGCGCGUCGAGGUCGAGGCCACAGUGCAGCAGUGGAACGACGGCUUUUUCGGCCCCAGGGGCACCCGCGUGCAGCUCGAGCCCAUGGUUGACCAAGCCCGGAUGCCUGGUGCCUGGGAUUCGGCGUUUGACGGUCCUUCUGCCGCCGCAGCGGGAUCUUGGUCGAGAGAGGGUGGGACACCGCAGCAACAGCAGCAACAACAGCAGCAACAGCAGCAACAACAGCAACAGCAGCAACAACAGCAACAGCAACAACAGCAGCAGCAGCAGCAGCAGCAGCAGAGAGGACCUGGCUGGCGAGGAGCCUUUGGCGGCUUCAGAAUCGACAACGACAGCCUCCGGUGGGGAGAUAGCUUCGUCGCCGACACCAAUGGUCUCCGGAUCGGCAAUUUAGUCAUGGAUAAUAACGGCAUCCGCAUGGACGGCCACGGCGGCGGCGUCAGAGGACCUCCAGCUCGCGGCGGUCCACCAUUCGGCCGCCCUCAGCACUAUCCUCCGCCCGCCCCGGGUGUCCCGUGGUGCCCGGACCGCGGCCGCUCCGCAUGGCCCCACCCAGACGGCCCCCGCUCCCGCUCCGCCUCCGCCUCCUCCAACUCCUCCUCCGCCUCCUCCAACUCCGAGUCCUCCAUCGGCUCGCUGCCCGACUACGACGACCUGCGCGACCAGCAGCUGCCCGUGUACGUCGAGCGACUCCAGGCAUGGACGACGCGGCCGACCGAGAUGCGCACAAAGGCCGACAUCAAGCAGCUCCGCAGCGAGAUCAAGGCCAGCAAGUCGCAGACCUCGCUUAACCUCGGCGACGUCGACCGCGCCAUGCUGCGCGCCCAGAUCAAGGCGCUGUCGCAGCAGUGGCGGGCGGUGAAGAAGCAGCAGAGAAAGGACCGGAAAGAGCGCAGGAAGGAUCGCCGGAAGAGGAGAAAGGCGGAACGACGGGAGAGGAGACAGCAGAAGAAGGAGAUGAAGAAGGCCCAGAGAGAUCUUCGUCACGGACGUGGCGGACCACCUCAUCCACCAGUACCUCCGGGACCUGGACCUCAUGUACAUGUUCCUUCAGUCCCCGGGCCGCCUCCCUUCGGUAUGUCAGGGUGUCACCGGGGCCGGGGAGAGAGUCGUGGGCGUGGAUGCCAUGAUUCCUCCUUCAACCGACACGGCUUCUUUGGGCGCCAGGCCCCAUUCGGUCCUCCCGGCGACAGCGCUCCCCUAGGUCCCAAUGGCCCUCUCGGUCCCAACGGUCCUCUCGGUCCCAGCGGUCCUCUCGGUCCCAAUGGUCCUCUUGGUCCCAACGGCCCCCUUGGACCGAACGGACCGCUAGGACGAGGAGGCUUCUUCGAUGGCGGCCGGUCUUUCAGGGGCAGAAACCACCACGGACACGGGCACAACUGGGGACACGGGCCCGGUUUCGGGCACGGCGGACGCUUCCCCGGCUCCUGGCCCGAGGACGCCAGACAGGACGAUGCCAGACAAGAGGACGGUCUGGACGACGGCGACCUUCCGCCCCCGGGUCCGGCAUCCGCGGAAAAGUACCGAACGGUUGCCGGCCUGGAAACAGAAAUCGAAUCCAAAAAGGCCAACAUGACGGACAAGGGCGUGUCGGACGGGGAGCGCCGCGCCGUCGAGAAGGAGCUCGAGUCGCUGCUGGGGACGUUAGAGACCUUGAGGGUGGAGGCAGACGAGACGUACGCGAGGGAGUUGGCCAGUGAAGGCCAUACUUGA